CUUGGGGCACUCCAAUAUCUGUUUCCAGCAAACCCGAAGCCAAAACCACAAUGAAGCAUUCCCUGGCCGUCUUGGGCCUUUUCCUGGCCCUCAACUUCGCCCUGCACUCGGGCGCAAUGGGAAAACUAUGCGAUGUCAAUGCCAUCUUCAAUACGGCCAAGGCCAUGUGCAAGCUAAAUCCAUUCAAGCUACACUGCGCAGAGAUUGAUCAGGGCGUCGAUAGCUUCGCGCAGCUGGUGCUGGCUCGCCAGUCCAAACUCUGCAAGAUCCCUGGUCCCAUUUGGCUGCUGUGCAAGUACUGCGAGGUCACAGAGCCAGAGUCGUCCAGAGAGCAGACAGAUGCAACAAAUGGCACCGCAGCGGCUGGCAAUGAAACCGCUGCGGCAGGAGCCAGUCGCUCGCUGCCCAUCGCCAUACCACCCAUAAUUCCUGGCCUUUAAUAAUGCUUUUAUUCAUGCAAUUUAUUCUACGUUCUUCUUGGCAUGGCAAUUAUCUAAAUAUAUUCGUUAGCAUUG